AUGGUCUUCAAGCCCUUCAAGUCUCCUUUGAUCAGGAAUAAUGCAUCAAACCCAAUAGAGAUCACCGAUGAGCCAAGCCGUCCCGCCAAAAAGCCCCGCCUCGAUGAUGAACCGUCAGCCGACGCGCAACCGACACCGCUAGCGAGCCGAAAACCACUCCUCCAAGUUAGCAAUCGAGGAGCAGAGACCAUCAAACAGGAAUUAGACGGGCCAUCCAAAGGCGACACAUCUGACGAGAGAUACUUCAAUGUCCUUUGGCGCAAACCAACCGCCAAAAAACACAAAACAUGGGAUGGAGAUGGUAUUCUCUCCGUUCGGAAAGGAAAUGUAUAUCUACGAGACACCGCAGGCAAGGAGAUGGGACGGAAAGUGCAUGAGGGCCUCCUUGAGCCUGGAUCAACCUUCUCAAUCUCCGGCAAAGAAGUCGAAAUAGACUCCGAGAUAUCCCGCAAAGAAUACUUCUCUGACAGAAAAUUCUUGCAAGACUCAAAAGCACCCACACCGGAUCCAGCACCCACGAAGAAAGAGUUACCAGCUCGCAAGAAAGGAGAAGCACCCAAACCAACUGCUGCUGAGCGAACUGCGUCUCUGAAGCGCUCAUUGGCUCUGGUUACCAAUCCAAUUGCAAACCCUGGUACCGCACCGGGUGCGUUUGUAGCUUUCAAGAAGCCACUGCUUGAGAAUACAGUUGUGCCCAAAGCUCCUGGGAAAGUGGUUCCACGUCAUGAUCCUAAGGCAACUGAUGCGUUGGUGAUGCCGCGGCCCAAGUCUGUGCCGAAGGGCAGACGGGUGGUUGAUGUUGUUGUUGACCCGUUGUUGAGUAAGAACCUGCGGCCGCAUCAGCGUGAAGGUGUCAAAUUCCUCUACGAGUGUGUGAUGGGCAUGCGCGACUUCAACGGCGAAGGUGCCAUUCUUGCUGAUGAUAUGGGCUUGGGCAAGACUUUGCAGACCAUCACGCUUCUUUGGACUCUGCUCAAACAGAAUCCAAUUUUCGAGGAUCCACCUGUUAUCAAGAAGGCUCUAAUCGUCUGUCCUGUGACUCUUAUUAAUAAUUGGCGGAAGGAGUUCCGCAAGUGGCUUGGUAAUGAGCGCAUUGGUGUCUUCGUUUUUGAUGACAAGAGCAAACGUUUGACUGAUUUCACCAAGGGAAAGGCUUACAGUAUCAUGAUCGUUGGUUAUGAGAAGCUGAGGACCGUCUCAGAGGCUUUGGCCAACAGCUCCGGUGUUGAUAUUAUCGUUGCGGAUGAAGGUCACAGACUCAAGACUUUGCAGAACAAGAGUGGUCAGGCGAUUCAGUCUCUCAGUGCGACUAAGAGAGUCAUUCUUUCGGGAACGCCUAUUCAGAAUGAUUUGAAGGAGUUCUUUGCAGCCGUGGAUCUCGUCAAUCCAGGAAUUCUGGGCAAUUUCAAAUCAUUCAUCCGGGAAUUCGAGACCCCAAUUGUUCGCAGCAGACAACCCGAAGCAACAAGCAAGGACAUCAAGAAAGGCGAGUCUCGAGCUGAAGAGCUCCGAGAACUCACCUCGAAAUUUAUGCUCCGUCGAACAGCAGACAUCCUAGCCAAAUACCUCCCCCCGAAAUCAGAAUACGUGCUAUUCUGCAAACCAACCCGCCCGCAAGCAAACAUCUACAAAGCUGUUCUCGCAUCUCCAGUCUUCCAAUAUGCAAUGGGCAACACUGAAAGUGCCCUACAAUUAAUAACAAUCCUCAAAAAGCUCAGCAACAGUCCAUCUCUUUUAUCUGCCAAAAACAACGACAACUCGCCAAACGAAACGAUGGCCUCUCUCCUCUCCUCAAUCCCUCAAUCCCUCCACCGCCGUCUUUCUCCUUCGUCAAGCGCCAAGAUCCGUGUUCUCGACCAGCUCCUGGACACAAUGCGCAACAAAACAGAUGAGAAAGUGGUCCUCGUCUCAAACUACACUUCAACCCUCACAUUGCUCCAAACCCUCCUCUCUUCCCUAGGUCUCCCCUACCUCCGUCUAGAUGGCAGCACCCCAGCCCAAAAGCGCCAAGGCCUAGUCGACGACUUCAACCGACUCCCCGCAUCGCAGUGCUUCGCCUUCCUCCUCUCCGCCAAAGCAGGAGGAACAGGCCUCAACUUGAUCGGCGCAAGCAGACUCAUUCUUUUUGACGUCGACUGGAAUCCCGCUACAGAUAUCCAAGCCAUGGCGCGCAUUCACCGCGAUGGCCAGAAACGGCCUUGUCGCAUAUAUCGCGUGCUGCUGAAAGGCAGUCUCGAGGAGAGGAUCUGGCAGAGACAGGUUACCAAGCUUGGACUUGCCGAUAGUGUCAUGCAGCAGAGUAAUGGCGGGGCGCAGUUCAGUGCUACCGAGUUGAAAGAUUUGUUCCGUCUUGAUGAGGAGCGUGCUUGCCAGACACAUGAGCUGUUGGGGUGCCAGUGUGGUGGGAGAGGCGUCGCUGAGACAUCUGAUCUUGCUUCCGGGUCUGCGACGCCUGCAGCUGCUGGCUCUGAAGACGAUUUGUCGGAUCCUCCGUCCGGGGAUGACUGGGAUUCUGACGAGUCUUUGAUUGAGCCUCAGGCUCUUCUUCGUGCGUCGGAGGUUGAUAUGGAGAAACAAGAGCGCGAGAUCCGGGACGGCACGCUUCGUGCUAAGAUGAAGGGGAAGAAAGGCAAGCAGGACACGGAUAAGACCCAGAAAGAUAAGAUGCAUCAGUCUUUGGCUCAGUAUGCACAUAUUGACCCUGCCCUGCUGAACCCUGAAGCUGGGGGUGGCGAGGACGAGGAGCUUGAAGCUGCUAUCGAUGACGAUGUGCUGCUUUCUAUGCUCAAAGAUGAAUGUAACAUGAUAGGGUAUGUAUUUAAGAAGACCAAUGGUGCGGAGAUGGGAAGUUAG